AUGACACAGUCAAGCACUCAAGACCAAGCGACUAAGCUAGAUAAUGCUGUUCGGGAACUCAUCACAACCUACGAUGAGCUUAAUCCAAGUCUGGUCGAUGAAUUAUGGGAAGAGCCAAGUGCUCUUGAGUUCAUGCAAUAUGUUGCGAGGAAUCGGCCGUUUGUCGUAAGAAAAGGUGCCCAAGACUGGACUGCGGUCCAAAAAUGGGACUCCCACUAUCUUCUCAAUGUUCUUGGAGACACUCUCGUCAAUGUAGCAAUCACUCCUUUCGGCAACGCAGAUGCAGUGCUGAAAGAAGGUGAUGGCUCACUAUCCUACGUCAAACCACUCGAACGGCUUGAGCCUUUCGACAAGGUCAUCCGCUACAUCGCAGAGCAGGAAUCAAAUCGGUCAGAACCUUCACCUGUCAAGUAUGCUCAGACCCAAAAUGACAACCUCCGCAACGAGUAUUCCUCUCUCUUCGACGAUGUGCCUUCCGAUAUACCGUUCGCACGCAUUGCCCUUCGCAAAACACCAGAAGCUGUAAACUUUUGGCUGGGCAACAGUCUUUCCACUACUUCACUCCACAAAGACAAUUACGAGAACCUCUACGUCCAGGUGCGCGGUCAGAAGCACUUUGUCAUUAUGCCUCCCACAGCUGCCGCUGCCGUUAACGAGCAGAGUGUUAGUGGUACGACAUAUGUCUCUACUAACAAGGACGAGACGGCGGAGUUGAAAGUGCAGGAUCUAAAGCAUGUGCUUGAUGAGCCUGAGCUCAUUGUCCCAGUACCCACUUGGGACCCAGAUUUCCCUGAUGUUAGACCAACGCCGUACUCUAAGCUUGUCAGACCUUUGCGAGUCACGCUCAAUGAAGGUGAUAUGCUAUAUCUACCUGCCAUGUGGUAUCACAAAGUCGGGCAGAGCUGUGGCGACGAAGGCUACUGCUGUGCUGUCAACUACUGGUAUGACAUGGAGUUUGGUGGAUCCUUCUGGGCUUCCAACGCCUUUGCGCGCGAUGUUGCGAGAGUUGUCAAUAAUUGA